GUUGAUUUCUUCUCAGAUUUAGUUCAAGCAGAAUCUCACCUGCAAGAUGCUGCACAGCCAGAUCAGCUGGAAAUAUUGAAGCAGUUUGAUUUCAGCUGGCAAUAUGGUCCCUGCACUGGAAUCACCCGUUUGCAACGCUGGGAACGAGCCAAAUUCUUAGGACUCAGUCCCCCUACAACUGUGCGAGAUUUGCUCCUGAAGUAUAAUAAGGACCCUCUUGUUAUAUAUAGCUUGUGGCAUGAAUAUGCCCUCUGAAAAGAACAACUUUGCUACCUGAGGCUGAGAAAGAGCCCCUGCCAUUAUGUCACCAUAAUAGUUUGGAUAAUUCCAUAAUUCCUUUAGGGAAUGAAGUUCUGCAGUGGUGGUAAGGUUCCUGUGGGGGUGAGGGAGACCUUCUAGUUGAUCUGCACUUGUGAUUGGCCUCAGCUUUUAGAAAUCACUAACAAGAACUUGACCAGAUCAAG